AUGGCGAAUCUAAUUUCUUUUCACGAUGUUGCUAAACAUAAGUGCAAAAACGAUUGUUGGAUUCUUAUCCAUGGAAAGGUUUAUGACGUCAGCACUUUCAUUGAAGAUCAUCCCGGCGGUGUAGAAGUUCUCCUCGCCGUCACCGGUAAGGAUGCGUCGAUUGAUUACGACGAUGUGGGUCAUAGCGAGGGAGCAAAAGAGACUAUGAAGAAAUAUUGUAUCGGUGACGUUGACAUGUCAACGGUUCCGGUGACGGAGAAGUAUAUUCCGCCGUGGGAGAAGAAGGAAACUACGGCGGUGGAAACAACCAAAGAAAAUUCUGGAAACAAGAUUCUUGUUUACUUGAUUCCUCUCUUGAUUCUUGGUGUUGCUUUCGUUCUCAGAUUCUAUAACAAGAACAUAAAGCAGACAAAUUGA